AUGAGCCCACGCACGCUAGAUAGUACGCUAAAUAAACGUUACACUACGCAUUACCACGACACAGAAAGGGAGACGGAAGAGCCCGUCUUUGUGUCUUUGCGUCUUCGCGUCUUCGACAUCUCCAAGGAACUCCACUCCCCUGACUGCCCGUCGUACAAAUCAAGCCAGCCGGAGCAGCCAAACCUGGCGGAGGCGGAGGAAACGGAGAAUGAAGAGGACUACCCCAUCGUGCGGCUUCCAUACAACGAGGACACCGUCGUCGCCCUUGUCAGCGAUAUCUACCGCAUCUACGUCCAACUCGGCUACAUGAACAACCGCGCUGAUGGUAUGGAGGAACUUGUCUGGCCCCCACCCGAAGGCCAUUCCAUCAAUGCAGCCCUCUGUGAGGAGCUCAACCUUAGUCCUAGGGCGAUCUCUUUGAUGCGACGACUUCCCUAUCCUGUCUCCAUCGGCAUCGCGGCCAAUACCCCCUUUCUGCCGCGGUCCACAGCAUUCACGUACAUUGAAGACCGUCAAAUCCGAGACGGUCGCGAGCCCGGUCGCCGGAUCUUUGACGAGCUGCGAAAAGACUUCCUUCUCCCGCACGAGAUCGCUCUCGCUGGCGCGGAUGAUGAAGGGAUUCACAUAUCCUUGAUACAGAAGAAAGUAUGUGUCAUGCUGAGCUUCCUCGGCGCUAUGCUUUCCUUUGGAUCCCGCAUCCAGGAGCAAAAGUACCUGCUCACAAUUUUAGAUACAAUCCGAGCACCGGAUUGGGAAGAACUAGAACUAGAAGAUGAGGACGGCAAUUUUAUCUUCCGAAGCCUCCCUUCCCAUCAUGCACUGACAUUUCUGGUGGAGUAUGUGAACAAGCUCAGAUCCCUGGAGAUUAUCCCUGGGGGUCAAGAGGGCCGUGGCCGCUUCUAUGAUGUCCAUUAUGGGAAAUUGGAGCAGUACGGCUGGCCGUAUGAUUUCCGAGAGACAGAAUGGAAGGCCGCGGCCAGGGACACUCUGCAGCGCCUGGAACGGUUAUACCCAUUCUACUAG